CUCCAUUUAAACAUCUUUUGAAUCCUUCACACUGACUUUGAAUACACAAAUAUACAUACGCAUUUAAUACCCUCUUCUUUCAUACAACACACAUUCAAAAUGGCACCAAAAGGACCCUAUAAGCUCGUUACAGUUAACAAAGUCCCAGCUCGGGCAAAGAUCUUGAUUGGAAGGGUGGUCGAGGAUGUUAAGGAGAACUAUACCAUUGAAUAUGUCAAAAACGCUGAACGAAUGGAAGAUGUAAAAGCCAUGGUCGAAGAGCAACAACCAGAUGUUCUAUUCGUAGCCUCAAUGUGGACCACCGAAGAAGCAAACGAAAUUCAGGAAAUCGCCAAAUCUACCAAGCCAGGUAUCAAAACCAUGGCUAUCCCCCACGGAUUACAGAUCGAAAAGGGUCCCGAUGCUGUUGUCGAGUUUUUGAAGGAGCAGUGGUCGGGACUUGUUGAUAAUUAGAAAAGAUUGGUGAAGUAAAGUAGGAUAAAAGAAGAAGGGGGGAAUAGAUGGAUGUAUAGAUGCAUUUAUGUAUGAAUGUUUGUAAAUACCCAUAGAGAAAUCAAAGUAUAAAUAUGAUCGCGAUAUCUACCUAGAUAGUGUUGAGUUAUCAUGUUUAAGAAGGGAAAAUAUUAUUGUACCAUAGUAGGCACAUCAUGAUGUAUAGAAUCAAAGCCCACUGUAUCUGCUCAGCCGAGUUAUGAGGAAAUCCAAAAUCAAGGAUAUCAUCAAGUCGUAUAUCGUCCCUCCAUCCUAUUUAUCCAUAAUUGUUUACCCAUCCUGUCUAUUAAUCCCCCCAUUACACUCCAUCUUCUCCUCUAUCCUCCUAGAAUUUCAACCAUUCUAUGAAACCUCUCCAUAUAUUCACUGCCAACCUCCAUCUAAUCCCUCUUCUCCUCAUAACCCCCUACCCCCCUUUCUCU